CUUUAGUCUGAGUAGUAAAUGAGUAAUGAAAAAAAUGUAUUUUGCAGUUCUUUUGUAGGAAAUAAAUUCUAAAUUUUGUAUUCUUUGUGAAUUUUGUUUUGAAGAAAAUGUCAAGAACAUGGUGAAGAGUGAAAGAGACAAAAAAAUAUCUUAAAGGGCAGAUAAGAGACAUACAAGAUAUGUUGAUAGAUGAUAAUAUUGAUCCAAUAGAAAUUCCAGAAAGUCUAUGCACAGUGAAACGUAGAGUAUGGAGGAAAGACAGUCAUCCACGAAAAUUGUCGGUCAUUUACAUUUAUUUAGAAUUUAUUUUUUAUUUAUUCUAUUUUGUUCUCAGGGUUCAUUUUUAAUCUAAAGACUCAGGUCAUCUUCAGUUACGAAAAUUUCAAUUUGCUUGAGUAUAAAUUUACCUUUAUUGUAUUCAUUAAGUGGAAUGCAUUUUUUUAGUGAUUUAAAGACAAAUUGUUUUCAAUUCUCGAACAUUUUUGGUGAAAUCUCUUCAAAUAUUGUUUCUUCCCCAUUUUCUUCAUUCUCUUGCUUAGGAAACUAUCACAUCUAAAUUUAGCCUCUCAAUCAUUUAUGUCUCUAAGUGGUGCUUUCAAAAUGUUAUCCCUUUGCCUGUCUGUAUUAAAAUCUGGGUAGAUUCCUUCAUGACAUCUUCCACUACACAACUUCUUCCCUUUAAUGGUAGAUGUGGACAUUAUCCUCUUUAUUGUUUUUUAAAAUUGUGUGUUAUAUUUCUCUCUUUUUUUUUAAUACUUUAAGUUUUAGGGUACAUGUGCACAACGUGCAGGUUUGUUACACAUGUAUACAUGUGCAAUGUUGGUGUGCUGCACCCAUUAACUUGUCAUUUACAUUAGGUAUAUCUCCUAAUGCUAUCCCUCCCCCCACCCCCCACCCCACAACAGGCCCCAGUGUGUGAUGUUCCCCUUCUUGUGUCCAAGUGUUCUCAUUGUUCAUUUCCCACCUAUGAGUGAGAACAUGCGGUGUUUGGUUUUUUGUCCUUGUGAUAGUUUGCUGAGAAUGAUGGUUUCCAGCUUCAUCCAUGUCCCUACAAAGGACAUGAACUCAUCAUUUUUUAUGGCUGCAUAGUAUUCCAUGGUGUAUAUGUGCCACAUUUUCUUAAUCCAGUCUAUCAUUGUUGGACAUUUGGGUUGGUUCCAAGUCUUUGCUAUUGUGAAUAGUGCCACAAUAAACAUACGUGUGCAUGUAUCAUCACUGGCCAUCAGAGAAAUGCAAAUCAAAACCACAAUGAGAUACUGUCUCACACCAGUUAGAAUGGCGAUCAUUAAAAAGUCAGGAAACAACAGGUGCUGGAGACGAUGUGGAGAAAUAGGAACACUUUUACACUGUUGGUGGGACUCUAAACUAGUUCAACCAUUGUGGAAGUCAGUGUGGCAAUUCCUCAGGGAUCUAAUACUAGAAAUACCAUUUGACCCAGCCAUCCCAUUACUGAGUAUAUACCCAAAGGAUUAUAAAUCAUGCUGCUAAAAGACAAUUGUGUGUUAUAUUUCUUACUGCAAAAGUCUAUAACUGAUUUGUUUUUAUAUACUAAUUGUAAUUUCCUGGCUAUUUUAUUUUUCUCAAUUUAUGUGUCAUUUUAGAAAAUAUUAUGUCUUCAUUAAUUUAUUAAAGCAUCCUAAUCAUCCUUAUAUUAGAGUCUUUGGAAGGUUGUUCUAUACAUUUAAUUGCAUCUUCAAUGAAUUUAAGGUUCUAAUUAUUUACUUUGUUUUCCCUUUUUAGUGUUAAAUUUGUGUUUAAAAACAAACAUGUUUAUUAGGCAAAUUUUGAGUGGAGGAGUUUUUGUUUUUAUUGCUGUUAUUAUUAUUAUCAUUAUUAUUAUUUGAUUUUCCUAUCUUGUUUCUCCCUCUUGUGGUCUUUAGAUUUUGUUGUUCUUCGCCUGACUCCAAGGGCCCCUUAUAAAAAUCAGGUCUUAUAACACUUUCUCAGGUUCUGUUGAUCAAAUUAUAGAGCCAGCAAGCAUAUUGACUUCUUGAAAGUCACUUUAUCCAUCAAGCCAAUAGUUGUUUUAAAACUUCUUUCAUGGCCCCAAUCCAAGCCCUGAGCUUCAAACAACCACAUCAGUACCACAUCUCACAACAACUUGCCUUAACCCCAUAAAAGCUAAGUUCCAGGUAUUACUGUCUGCUUCCAGACUUGGAGCAUAUUAUGUUUCUGAUUCAUUUCCAGUGUAUGAAGGAGUUGUCACAUUUUAAACUCUUUAGGGUUUGCAUUUUGUAUUUUAUCUCUCAUAUCCAUGUAUUUGAAGUAGAGGAGAAAUUGGGAACACAUCUUGAGCAAAAAUCUUCACUCUCUUCUUAUGUAAAUAUGUCAUCAGUAGAGUAGGUACAAUGAUAAAAUUGUUCAGUGUCACUGAGCUCAACUUCUGGGAGAAAAUAAAGAUUGGUGAAAACAGUGGUAAAUGAAAGAGGACCAGCCUCUAUCUAUUGCCUCAUUAGAUUUAGCUGAUUAUUGCUUUCAAUGAAUAUCAUGAAAUGACAAAUCUUCUAUUUUUCUCAAAAGAAUCUAGAGACACCAAUUUUAUCAUGAAAUCGCCUAGUUUUUAAUAUUAGUCAAUAACUACAGAUUUUAAAUAUCUCUAAAAGCCAAAUUUGUAAGUCAACGUCAUAGGACUUUGGGCUGGAUGGACCCAUGAAAUACUGAUUUGUGGCCUCUGGCAUAAAAUUCAUGCUCUAUAAUGAAAUGUUUUUUAUUUUUUCCCAUUAGCUGUGAAAUUUCUGUCUUAAGUACAUCACAGGAUUUUUCUGUCACGAGAACAUGGAAAGCAAUCAGACCUGGAUCACAGAAGUCAUCCUGUUGGGAUUCCAGGUGGACCCAGCUCUGGAGUUGUUCCUCUUUGGGUUUUUCUUGCUAUUCUACAGCUUAACCCUGAUGGGAAAUGGGAUUAUCCUGGGGCUCAUCUACUUGGACUCUAGACUGCACACACCCAUGUAUGUCUUCCUGUCACACCUGGCCAUUGUGGACAUGUCCUAUGCCUCGAGUACUGUCCCUGAGAUGCUAGCAAAUCUUGUGAUGCACAAAAAAGUCAUCUCCUUUGCUCCUUGCAUACUUCAGACUUUUUUGUAUUUGGCGUUUGCUAUUACAGAGUGUCUGAUUUUGGUGGUGAUGUGCUAUGAUCGGUAUGUGGCAAUCUGUCACCCCUUGCAAUACACCCUUAUUAUGAACUGGAGAGUGUGCACUGUCCUGGCCUCAACUUGCUGGAUAUUUAGCUUUCUCUUGGCUCUGGUCCAUAUUACUCUUAUUCUGAGGCUGCCUUUUUGUGGCCCACAAAAGAUCAACCACUUUUUCUGUCAAAUCAUGUCCGUAUUCAAAUUGGCCUGUGCUGACACUAGGCUCAACCAGGUGGUCCUAUUUGCGGGUUCUGCGUUCGUCUUAGUGGGGCCGCUCUGCCUGGUGCUGGUCUCCUACUUGCACAUCCUGGCGGCCAUCUUGAGGAUCCAGUCUGGGGAGGGCCGCAGAAAGGCCUUCUCUACCUGCUCCUCCCACCUCUGCGUGGUGGGGCUUUUCUUUGGCAGCGCCAUUGUCAUGUACAUGGCCCCCAAGUCAAGCCAUUCUCAAGAACAGAGGAAGAUCCUUUCCCUGUUUUACAGCCUUUUCAACCCGAUGCUGAACCCCCUCAUCUACAGCCUUAGGAACGCAGAGGUGAAAAGGGCUCUAAAGAGAGUCCUUUGGAAACAGAGAUCAAUGUGA